AUGUCUGCGUAUCCUUCUUACACCAUGGGAGGGCUUUGUACAGUCGGAGGAAUCACAGGAUUCAUCAGAACUCGCUCGAUUCCUUCCCUUGUUGCUGGCGUAGGAGUUGGUGCUCUUUACUUGUACAGCGCCGAUAACAUUCGCAAAGGCGCUAACAAUGGAUUAGAAGGUGCAUUAGGUGCAUCUGUUCUACUUCUCCUUUCGUCUCUUCCCCGAGUGAGGAAGGGACCUAUCCCUGCUCUUCUCACAGUCACUUCAGCUGCGUCGUUGUUUUAUUACGGGAAUGUCAUCUACAAACUUGGUGCUUAA